UUUUUUCUGAUAAUUUUACGGAUUUCAUUGUGCGUGGCGCGCACACAGUCGACUUGCUCCAGAAACUUUCUUCCCGGUGGCUAUUACUUUGCAACAAGUUCAAACAUGGAAACAGAUUACUCGCUUUCUGGCUUUGUGUUUGAGACUUCGACAGUAUCAUUGUUAGUGGAGUGUUUUAGGAAAUGUAGGUUGAACUGUCGAUGCAUCUCGUUUAAUUAUCAGACAAGAGUGAGUCCGGACAACUGUGAGCUGAAUGAAGCAAACAAGUAUCUGAAGGCGAAUGCUUUGCAACUCAAACAAGGAAGUCAAUACUAUGAUCUGCGCAUUGAUUAUAAUGUUGUGGUGAGUCAAACAAUUCAAGUGCACAAUUUUUUACGGAUAAAAAUGACCAUGUUACCAAUAAGAUGAUUUUAACAUGCAUGCACAAUCACAAACACUGCUUAGAUAUUUGUAUAUAUUUGUAGAAAUAGCUAGAUUUCAUUUAUUAUUUGGACUGAGAUCUUUCAUUGUACAAAAAUAGCCAAAAAUUAAAAUACGAAUGGCACAGCGCUCGUAAAAUGAACUUUUCCCAUUACCAAACAAUACGUACGAGUCAUCCUGCAAAUGAAUCUCGGUCACGAUUGGUGUUUAGCUGCAGGAAUACUGACUCGAUCCCAGUCGUGUCUGAGCACAUUGCGCCGGGGGUGAUGGGAAUUAAAAGAAGCUACCUUCCCACCGUCCACUUCGUUCCUUGUUAUUAGCACUCGUUCCCAUCUCUCGCGCUUCUGAGUACGAGACGAGACCCUUGUUGAUGAGAAAAUCGUUCGGGUGCAGGCUGUAAAGGAAGGUCGUUUCUGAGUUAUGAAUUAUGUAAUUGGAUUAUGUUGAAAGGAAGCUAAAUGUAUCAUAUCAAAGCAAACACGUCACAUGGCCUAACAUUCUCAUUUAUUGUUGUUUUUUUUUAAGUAUUAUCAUCAUAAUUUUUUUUUUGCUUUAAAAGCAGAGUAGAAGUCAUUCGUCAGCUUGUCACAACGGCUGUUGUCAUUCACAGCCAUGCCUCAAUGGGAGAACAUGUCAAGAGUUUUGUGACGAUGGGGCUGCAAACCGGCGAAUACUUUGA